UUUAGUGAUUCCCGGGCUCUGCGUCCUUGCACACGCGUUAUCCGGAGAUCACAGCUCUCGGCUCUCCGCAGCGCUGUUCACCCAAUAUUCCCCAGAUGUCGUCUGGUAAUGACCAGGUUUCUAUACCCAUGUCUCAGAGAAACACAAAUGGUCUUACCGGAAUGACCUCCUAUGACAUGAAGACAGUUACUGAAGGGGCUGUGUUGAGUUUUCAUAACAUCAGCUAUCAAGUGAAAGUGAAGAGUGGCUUCCUCUUUGGCCGGAAAACAGUUCAGAAAGUAAUACUAUCAAAUAUCAAUGGGAUCAUGAAGCCUGGCCUCAAUGCCAUUCUGGGACCCACAGGUGGAGGCAAAUCAUCGUUGCUAGAUAUAUUAGCUGCAAGGAAAGACCCACAUGGAUUGUCUGGAGAAGUUCUGAUAAAUGGAGCACCUCGACCUGCCAAUUUCAAAUGUAAUUCAGGUUAUGUGGUACAGGACGAUGUGGUGAUGGGCACCUUGACAGUGAGAGAGAAUCUGCAAUUCUCUGCAGCCCUUCGACUUCCAACAACCAUGACAAACCAUGAAAAAAAUGAACGCAUCAGCAUGGUCAUUAGAGAGUUAGGUCUGGAUAAAGUGGCAGAUUCCAAGGUUGGAACUCAGUUUAUCCGUGGUGUGUCUGGAGGAGAGAGAAAAAGGACUAGUAUAGGAAUGGAGCUGAUCACAGAUCCUUCUGUCUUGUUUCUGGAUGAGCCCACGACUGGUUUAGACUCAAGCACAGCAAAUGCUGUCCUUUUGCUCCUGAAAAGGAUGUCUAAACAGGGCCGAACAAUCAUCUUUUCCAUUCAUCAGCCUCGGUAUUCCAUCUUCAAGUUGUUCGAUAGCCUCACCUUAUUGGCCUCAGGGAAAUUAAUGUUCCAUGGACCUGCACAGAAAGCUUUGGAUUUCUUUGCAUCAGCAGGUUACCACUGUGAGCCUUACAACAACCCUGCAGACUUCUUCCUGGAUGUCAUCAAUGGUGAUUCUUCUGCUGUGGUAUUAAACAAAGAUGAACAAGACCAUGAAGCUAAAAGUCCUGAAGAAUCUUCCAAAAGAGAAAAGCCAAUCAUAGAAAAAUUAACUGAGUUUUAUGUCAACUCUUCCUUCUGUGGAGAAACAAAAGCUGAAUUAGACCAACUUUCAAGGGGUGAGAGAAAGAAGAAGAACUUAGCCUUCAAGGAGAUUGUCUAUGUCACUCCCUUCUGUCAUCAAUUCAGGUGGAUUACUAAACGUUCAUUCAAAAAUUUACUGGGGAAUCCCCAGGCUUCUAUAGCCCAGGUAAUUGUCACAGUCAUAUUGGGACUUAUAAUUGGUGCAAUUUACUUUAGGCUAACAAAUGAUCCUGCUGGAAUACAGAAUAGAGCCGGGGUCCUGUUCUUCCUGACUACCAACCAGUGUUUCAGCAGCAUAUCCGCUGUGGAGCUCUUUGUUAUAGAGAAGAAGCUCUUUAUACAUGAAUUUGUCAGUGGAUACUACAGAGUGUCAUCUUAUUUCUUUGGAAAAUUGUUUUCUGAUUUAUUUCCCAUGAGAUUAUUACCAAGUGUUAUAUAUACUUGCCUACUGUACUUCAUGUUAGGACUGAGACCCGCAGUGGAGGCUUUCUUCAUCAUGAUGUUCACCUUAAUGAUGGUGGCUUACACAGCCAGUUCCAUGUCACUGGCCAUCGCAGCAGGUCAGAGUGUGGUGUCUGUAGCCACACUUCUCAUGACUCUGUCUUUUGUGUUUAUGAUGAUUUUUUCUGGUCUCUUGGUGAAUCUCAGAACCAUUGCAUCUUGGCUGUCAUGGCUUCAGUACCUCAGCAUUCCUCGAUACGGCUUUACGGCUUUGCAGCAUAAUGAAUUUAUGGGACAAAACUUCUGUCCAGGACUAAAUACAACACAGAACAAUAGCACCUGUAAUAAUGACUAUACAAUAUGCAGUGGUGAAGACUACUUGAUCAAUCAGGGCAUCGAACUCUCACCUUGGGGUUUAUGGAAAAACCACUUGGCGUUGGCUUGCAUGAUGAUUAUCUUCCUCACAAUUGCAUACCUAAAAUUGUUAUUUCUUAAAAAAUACUCUUAAAUACUUUUAAUGUCUAUGAAGCCCCCUCAUAUUAAAAAGGAUUACUUGGAUUUAU